AGGAAAGAUGGCGGCGCCGGCACCCGCGCGCUGAGGCCGAGCCGCUCGCGCCUCCCGGCCCGCCCCUUCCCGGAAGAAAGAUGGCGGCGGCCUGAGGCGCGUUCCGGCGGCCUCUCGGCGCUCGGCCCAGCUCUCGGACCCCGCGCGGAGGAGGCGGCGCUCCCAGCACACACCUUGCAGGUUGUCCCACGGCCUGCACCUGGGUGGCGAUGGCAUCCAGGCAGGCUCCCCUUGGUGGCCUGGCUCCGCACUGCCUCUGUCUCCUGGGGGUUGUCCUUCUGAUGGAUGCAUCUGCGCGACCUGCUAACCACUCAUCCACUCGAGAGAGAGUGGCCAACAGGGAAGAGAGUGAGAUCCUGCCCCCAGACCAUCUGAAUGGGGUGAAGCUGGAAAUGGAUGGGCACCUCAACAAGGACUUCCACCAGGAGGUCUUCCUGGGGAAGGACACGGGUGGGUUUGACGAGGAUGUGGAGCCGCGCAGGAGCCGCAGGAAGCUGAUGGUCAUCUUCUCCAAGGUGGACGUGAACACUGACCGGAGGAUCAGUGCCAAAGAGAUGCAGCGCUGGAUCAUGGAGAAGACGGCCGAGCACUUCCAGGAGGCCGUCGAGGAGAACAAGAUGCACUUCCGUGCUGUGGACCCAGACGGCGAUGGCCGUGUGUCGUGGGAUGAAUACAAGGUGAAGUUUCUAGCGAGCAAAGGCCACAACGAGAGAGAGGUCGCCGAGGCCAUCAGGAGCAACCAGGAGAUCAAGGCGGACGAGGAGGCGCAGGAAGUCCUGGAGAACCUCAAAGACCGCUGGUAUCAGGCGGACAGCCCCCCUGCGGACCUGCUGCUGACCGAGGACGAGUUCCUGUCCUUUCUCCACCCUGAGCACAGCCGGGGCAUGCUCAAGUUCAUGGUCAAGGAGAUUGUCCGGGACCUGGACCAGGAUGGUGACAAGCAGUUGUCUCUGCCUGAAUUCAUCUCCCUGCCCGUGGGCACCGUCGAAAACCAGCAGGGCCAGGAUGUUGAUGACAACUGGGUGAAGGACAGAAAGAAAGAGUUUGAGGAGCUGAUAGACUCCAACCACGAUGGGAUUGUGACCAUGGAGGAGCUAGAGAACUACAUGGACCCCAUGAACGAGUACAGUGCCCUCAACGAGGCCAAGCAGAUGAUCGCCAUUGCUGACGAGAACCAGAACCACCACCUGGAGCCUGAGGAGGUUCUCAAGUACAGCGAGUUCUUCACGGGCAGCAAGCUGGUGGACUAUGCCCGCAAUGUGCACGAGGAGUUCUGAGCCGCCCGCGGGCACGGCCGCCCGUCCCCCUGCCGCGUGCUGGCCUAGAACCUUCCUCCGUCCUGCUGCCCACAGUCGGGUGCAUUAAAGAUGUGCUUUAACGGGCCGCGCGUCCCUGUGCAGUGCGUCCUGGGCCGGGCUCGUGUGACGUGCGCUAGGCUGGCAGGGCUGCAGCUGCGGCGCUUGGCCACUUCUCCUGCAGUUCCCCAAACUGCUGCGUCUGGCUUCUGAGAACUGCUGGAGUCGUUCUGCCAGAGGCGCUGACCACAUCAGGGCGUGAGGUGCGGGCUGGGCCCCUUCACGGGCACCGUGGGAAAUUACCCCACUCCCGCUGUUUCUUUGAAAACUGAAAGAUUGAGACAAAAUUAAAAUGUACUUCGCUGGAAA